UUUUUAAUGAACAAGAAUUCACCCUCACCGAGUUCACCAACCCCUGUGAUUUUGGUGUUGGUCACCAAUAAAUAGGGGAAAGUACUUGAACAUAGUCAGUUCUUUAGAACCUUCUCUGUGUUUGGAUAAGUUAAAAAGGUAUUAAUUUGUUCUCUAAACAAUAAAAGAUUCUCAUAUUCGAAAGAAAAAUCAUUUGGAAAGUAUUUAUAGAGUACGAGACAGCCCAAUAAGCCCAAUAAGCACUUAUUUUAGAUGGGACUCUCUUCGAUUACUAGUUGAAAAUGAGAGUACAUUUAAGUUAACGAGAUUCGCUGGUGUUUUAGAAUAACAACAAUUGCGGUGUAGGUAUAAGUAUAUUUAAAAAUAAAGAUUACACAACUCUUCAAUCAAAAUAGUAAUUUUUUCAACAACUUAAGGAGGAUUCAAGUUCUUUGAAUCAACAAUUAUAACAGAAUCUUGAUAUUUUGAAUCAAUUGAUUGGUCAACUAAAUGAGAUAAGUGAUUUAAAAGAAUAAAUAUCUUUAAUACAAUAGAUCUAAGAGUAUCGAAAUUAAACUCAAUAAUUGACAGUGUUAUAUUAAUAACAAUUGCGCAAUUAUGCUUCUGUAUUAUAAAGAGAAGGUAAGAAAUAAAAAUAAAUGGUAUCAUAAACAACAACUCCAUCACCAUCACCAUUUUAACACUCUACUCUUGAUUCUAUAAGAUAAUAAAUUCUUGAGGAAUCAUCUGAAGAUGAGAAAGAAGAAUUUUCAGAUGGUGAAAGUAUAUCUUCUGAAUAGUCGCCCAAAUCUUAAAAAUCUGGUCAAUCUGAAGAUAAUUAUAAUGAAGUCUUUUGUAAUGAUUCAUCAAGUAAUCCAUUUUCUUGUGGUGCCAGUCCUUUUACUCCAUAUCCUUAAUCAUAAAGUAGUCCCUUUAUAUAGACUCCUAUUUUACUACCAACAUAUUUGAUAGUGUAACAUCCUAAUACAAAUCUACGUGUGGUUUAUAACAUCUUUAGUACAAUCACAAGAGUAGAUGCUCUUUAUUAAAGUAAUUAUGGAGCUUUUCUUUUAUUGGCAUCUAAAGAUGAAGCUAUUCGAAUCAAAAACUUACUAAAUAAAGCACUUCUUUUAGGAAUGCCUAUGACUAUGAUGAUUUCAGAAAAACUACCUUUAGAUGCUCGUUAAGUUACUUUACCUCCCAAUGAUAGAAAACCUAAUAUUGCUUAAUAAUUAUCUAAUUCAAUCUAAAUUACAGGCCUUCAAAGUGUUACUAUGGAGUAGAUGUAUUAAUACUUUGGAUGUAUAACACCUAUUUUGAAUAUGAAGUAAUAAUAUACUUUAUAAUUAUUAAUAGAUUCAUUAAUCAAAGCUCUUGCAAAAUACUCUAUUCUGAUGUAGGAUGCAGUCUUAGUGUCUUAGGACAUUUCCAAGAUGCCAAGAUCAAUGGAAGGUAUCAUAUUUAAUCUAUUUCUUUUUAGAUCUGUGUAACUUUCAUUCACAGCUUUCUGAUUAAUGAGAAAGAAUGAAUUUUAUUAAUAUAAUUGACCAGCAU